UUUUAAGUUAGAUGCUGUACUACGGGAUGGAAAAAAUAAUAUAAAACAUAUGGUAACUAUAAAAAUGUAAACAAUAAUAUUUUUGCUGUCAGUGAAGUGUCAAUUGCACAUGUGGAAUCUUUUUGGCUUAAAUUUUCAUAGUUAUUGAAAUAAAAUGGGCAAACAAAAGAAAACACGGAAAGUGCAAAAACAACGUACAGCGAAAUUGAAACGUUUAUUGAAGCCUACCGAUCAGCGGAUCAAAGAAGAAAUACGCAAAACGCGUAAAAAGCCGAUAGACCCGCACGCUCUGAAAGUACACAAUGUCCAACAACAAAGUUCCGCGCUGUUCUUCCAAUAUAAUACGCAACUUGGUCCACCUUAUCACAUUAUACUCGAUACAAAUUUCAUUAACUUUAGCAUUAAAAACAAACUGGAUAUUAUACAAGGCAUGAUGGACUGCUUAUACGCCAAAUGUAUACCGUACAUCUCGGAUUGUGUACGUGCCGAAUUGGAAAAGCUGGGAAGUCGUUAUAAAUUAGCGCUACGCAUAAUUUCCGAUCCACGCUUUGAGCGCUUACCAUGUCUACAUAAAGGCACAUACGCGGAUGACUGUUUGGUCGAACGUGUACGCCAACAUAAAUGCUAUAUUGUGGCUACCAACGACAAAGAUUUGAAAAAUCGUAUACGCAAAAUUCCAGGUGUGCCCAUUAUGUAUGUGGCAGCGCACAAAUACGCCAUAGAACGUAUGCCGGAAGCGUAUGGUGUGAAAGCGUAACAUUUUGUUAGUUUUUUUGCGUAGUAAUUAGUUAGGUUUAAUUGCAGUUUUAUAAUUGAAUGUAUAUGCUGUAUUGUAAUUAUCUAAAUCUGGAAAUACUUGAAUAAGAAAGAUACUUAAAAACAAA